ACCCACACCCUCAAGAUGUUUUGUGAUUAUUUUUUAGCUUUUUCCAAUUUCGAGGUUUUACAUUUUCGAGAUUCAUUUUUCGAGAUUUUACAUUUUCGAUAUUUUGAAGAACGUUCUAAAACUGCCAAAUCAGCUGUUGAAUUAAUUGGUGAAUUAGUUGAAAAAUACGGUCAAGGUGGAGUUUGUUUUAAUGCUAGUGAUAAUUUUACUUUUGGUUAUGAUAAUAGUUUUCUUGUUGUUGAUAAUGAAGAAGCAUGGAGUGUUGAAACAUGUAAUCAUGUUUGGGUUGCGAAACAAAUCAAAGAAGGAUAUUAUAGCAUGUCAAAUGUAUAUUCUAUUGAAGAUGAUUAUAAUCUUCAAUCAAAUAAUUUAGAAAAGUUUGCUAAAGAAAAUAAUUUUUGGGAUGGUAAAGAUAAAUUAAAUUUUGCUCAAGCAUUUCAAGGCAAAUCACCAUGUACCGAUGCACGAUUAAAAGGUGGUCGUAAAUUACUUGAAAAUUUAACUAAAAAUGGAAAUUUUUCAGUUUUUGAUAUGAUAUCAAUUUUACGUGAUGAAGAAUCUGGUAUUUGUGCAUAUGACAAAACUCGUGGUGUACGUACAACUAGUUCUCAAGUAUCAAUUCUAACAACAAAUAAAAAUUCAUCGAUAAACGCUUGUCAUUUCAUAACUGGAACACCAAAUCCUAAACAAUCAUUAUUUAAACCAAUAAUUUUUUCAAAAAAUGUUACAUUAGGUCCGCUAACAGUUUCAACACCAGAAGAAAUCAUCGCACAACGUACCCAUCCAUUGUAUGCAACACAUCAAAAAGUUAAUUGGGAAAAAUUUGAUCGAAAACAUUUCGAUAAUAUCGAACAUGAAGGAAUCAUGAAAAUUGUUAGUAAACUUAAAUCAACAGAUGAUAAAGAUAUUGAUAAUUUAGACACAUUAUUUCAUGAUGCUGCAUCGACUGAAAUCGAAUUACUUCGAGGACAUUCAUCUUCUUAA